AUGUGGGCCUUGCAUAAAGACUGGUCGGCAGUGCAUCCGACAUCCAACGUCGUAUCGGCGCGCUUCCAGGCCACGAAAUUUCCGCACAGAACAGAUUUGGGUGCCUUUGAUUUCGUAGAUGAAACUCCUUUACUUCGACAGGGCAAAGCUGGGGGCGAUCCCCCCAAGAAGAAAGCUGUUCAGCAGGAGUCCGUCGAUGAGCCACAGCAUUACAUACUGUCGAAUGAUGUGGCACGGAAUGAAAGACCAUCGUUGCUUGCUGGAGAAGCUUUGUCCGGCGAGCAUGUCAAGCCAUCAUUACGGCGCACACUGAGAACCCCCGAGGACGACUUGCCGUUUUCCAGCAUAGAAUCCGCCGAGUUGAUGAGAUACUUCAUCGACAAUUGUGCUUGUUUCUUCGACUUUAGUGACGCUGAUAGGCAUUUUGCGUACGCAGUUCCACUUAGAGCUCGCCAAAAUCCGACAUUAGCCAACGCUAUGCUGGCUCUGGCCGCUCGGCACAGAAGUCGGACAAGGGAGUAUGAGCCUUUCGCGGCCGAUCGAUAUUACAACGCAUGCCUCCAAACAAUGAUUCCAAGGCUUGGAGAUAAGUCCGCAAUCCAAGAUGAUGAGCUUCUUGCGGCCAUAGUCAUUCUACGACUAUUGGAAGAGAUGGAUGUGCCGAUAGUGGGAUCAGAUCCUCAGAAGCACCUCUUCGGCACUCAAGCGAUUAUCACUGCAUCACAAGCACGCUCCCAGUUGCCAGCAACGGCUUUGAGGAAAGCAUGCUAUUGGGCGGCAUUUCGGCAGGAAAUCUUCAUGUCGCUCUCUACGCAGCGACCAUUUAAUCUGAUCUUGCCCGAGAUGAAGCCGCCUUCAAGACCUUCUGAUGACUGGUCAUGGACACUCCAAGCGACGUAUCAGUGUGGCAAAGUACAAGCUUUUGUCUUCGGCGAGGAAUCUACGACCAUGUCGAGAUAUCUUGAAUUGAUGGAUGAGAUUGAGACGUGGCAAGAAGAGUGUCCGACAUCCUUCGACCCUGUAUACCAGGGGGCUGAUCAGCUGGAGCAUGUUUUUCCAGAUAUUCGGAUCCAGUUGGAUUGUCACGUGAUGGGUUGGCAAUACAUAACCAUGGCGCAUCUGCUGCUCAGCGUCCACCGACCGUUGCCUCGUGUUGGUCCGUCCCAUAAGCGAAGAAUGAUGGAUAUGGAACAGGUUGUCAAAAGUGAUGUCAGGACAUUGUGCGGAAUCGCUGAAUCAAAUCCGCAAACCCCUCCGGCUAGUUUAGUAGCCUGCAUGGCUGUUGCAUUGUUCGGAGAUCGCUUUGAUUCCAAGUCGGAGCAGGGGCUUCUGAGAGAUCUCCUUGUUCGAACAGAGCUCCGCACGGGGUGGCCUACUUGUAUGGCACGAGAACAGCUUGAACGAACGUGGGGUUCGACGUGA